UCAAAACUACAUAAUAUUAUGAGUAUCAUCAUGUCUUCAAAAUUACCAUCUUCUUUUCUUUCUGUUUCAAUAAUAGUUGCUCUCAUGCUGGCAACUACUGAACCAGUGACCUCUCAGAAAACAACUUCCUUCGACUUUCAAAACUUCACUUCUGGUCAAUCUGAUUUAAUCAUGCAAGGUAGUACCGCGAUUUUACCAAAUGGGGUAAUGGCACUCACCAACCCAACUAACCCUAAUACUGGACGGGUGUUGUAUUCAAAUUCGGUGCCUAUUUGGGAUCGUACUACCGGACAUGUUGCUAGCUUCAUCGCUUCCUUCUCCUUCGUCGUUGAGGAUUAUCAAGGUUAUAUGCCAGCCGAUGGAAUCAUCUUCUUUCUUGCAUCACAUGACACCGUCAUUCCUCCCAACUCUGGAGGUAAAUAUCUCGGAGUAGUUGAUGGGCAAAAUGCUUUCAAUCAAUUUGUUGGUGUAGAGUUUGACUCUUAUGCCAAUCAGUAUGAUCCCAAGUAUCCACAUAUUGGAAUUGAUGUUAACUCUUUAAUUUCCCGCAGGACAACAACAUGGAAUAAGGUAAGUGGGUCAUUAGUCAAAGUAAAUAUAAUCUAUGACCCUCUCUCUAAACAAUUGAUGGUUGCUUCCACUAACAACAAUGGUCCAAUUUCUACUAUUGCUCAUGCUGUUGAUUUGAAAGCUGUUCUCCCAGAAAAUGUUAAGGUUGGUUUAUCUGCAUCAAUUACAUCUAACGGCCGCCAAACGCAACACAUUCAUUCAUGGUCUUUCACUUCUACCUUGGCAUGAUUGGUCUUCUAUGUACGUUAUGUAUGCAUGCAUGGAAAUUGUGAUAUAAUAACUAGUAUGGCUAAACAAAAGUCCAUACUAGAUUGUGAAUUUGUGAUGAUAACUAGUAUGGCUAAAGAAAAGACCA